UGUAACAGUUAGUCUCCUCUUUUUUCUUCUCUCUCAUAUGUUGUACUCAUCUGCUCUGUCUCUAUCUCUUUAAAUGACCUCCUAAAAUGAUCUCGAGUCUUGAAGCUACUCACUCAUUAUUCUUGACAAGUGUGAUUUUGUGUAUUGGCUCUCUACCGUCUCCCAAAGUAGAAAAGCUAUAAAAUAAUAAACGGGAAAAAAAAUCCUACUUUUGAUAUCUUCCAAUUAUAUAUCUCACUCUCUUCUUUUUCUAUAAGCAGACACAAACUUUCACUUCUCUCUUUUUUCAGCUUAUUCUUUCUUUGCCUCACCAUAUUUGCUCAUAUGUGUUUGUUUAUAGUAAUCUCACCAUGACAAGCAGCUAAGUCCUUCCUUCUCUCUUUCUCUUUAUUUAAUUUGAUUAAUAAUCUAAAGAACCUUAUCUCUUUGAUCCAUAUAAGAAAAGCAAAACCCUAAAUCCGAUUUCAUCAUCUUUUUCUACUUCCCAAACUCAUAAACAAGCUAUGGAGUUGAUCUCACAGCAAGCAAACAAGAACCCUAAUACCUUGACACAAUCAACACCUCCUUCCUCAAGCCGGUACGAGAACCAGAAACGCCGUGACUGGAACACCUUCUGCCAAUACCUCCGGAACCACCGUCCUCCGCUCUCUCUCCCGUCGUGCAGCGGCGCACACGUGCUAGAGUUCCUCCGCUACCUCGACCAGUUCGGGAAAACAAAGGUCCACCACCAAAACUGCGCCUUCUUCGGCCUCCCAAACCCUCCCGCGCCUUGCCCUUGCCCUCUCCGACAAGCCUGGGGUUCACUCGACGCCCUAAUCGGCCGCCUCCGUGCCGCCUACGAGGAGAACGGUGGCCCUCCCGAGGCUAACCCCUUUGGCUCACGCGCCGUCAGGUUAUUCCUCCGUGAAGUCAGAGACUUCCAGUCCAAAGCUCGUGGUGUUAGCUACGAGAAGAAGAGGAAGAGAGUCAACAGGCUGAAAAUGCAAACGCAGCCGCCUCUUCAGCUGCAGCAACAACAAGAACAGCAGCCGCAACAAGGUCAGUCUAUGAUGGCUAAUUACUCGGGUGCAACAGUAUGAUCGUAUUCAUAUAUAAAAAAAAUCUAUAUAAAAUUUCCCCACUUAAAUAUGUAUUGUGUCUUAUUUGCUUCUCUAUGUGCUACUUCUUUGCAAUUAUCCUCGGAUGCUGUUGUUGCUUUUGUAGUUGUUUAUGAAUAAAAUAAAUUAUGAUUA